AUAGGUCACGGUCCCUAGACCACAGCCACCCAUCUUGUCCAACUCUCUGAGCUCUGAAGUCUCGCCAGCCAGGGAGAUGCUGAGGACCCCGCGGGUGGGGUAGCCCCAGUGUUCCCGGGCCCACGCUCCGGGGCGCGGGACGUCAAGUUUCCGCCCGGUCCCCUGAGCGGUGACAGCGUUCGCUCGGAGGCGGCGGGGAGGCGGAGGGCGGGCCAGCCCCGUGCCCGAGCCCCCUCCCCUGCUCGCGAGCUCGCGCGGUCUGUGUCUCUCUCCGCAAGUGCAGAGCCGCGGAGGAGGAGGGGGAGGAGGAGGAGGGAGCUGGGGGAGGAUCUCCAUUGAAAUAAACAACCAGGCAGCAGUUAUUAACACGGGAACAUGGCGGCCGCAGCCUGGGCUCCCGCGGCGGCGGCGGAGGUCAGCGCCGACGGCAGCCCGCACCUGACGGCGUGACGGCCACAUUGAUUUUUCUCGCAUCUGGCUUCACUGUAUUGGCUCUUCUGCACUGUGUACAGGCACAGUUGCUGAUAUGUGUUCAAGAUGAGUGGGAUGGGAGAAAACACCUCUGACCCGUCCAGGGCAGAGACCAGAAAACGAAAGGAAUGUCCCGACCAGCUCGGACCCAGCCCCAAAAGGAGCACUGAGAAACGGAACCGCGAGCAGGAGAAUAAGUACAUAGAGGAGCUGGCAGAGCUGAUCUUCGCAAACUUUAAUGAUAUUGACAACUUCAACUUCAAACCUGACAAAUGUGCCAUCCUAAAAGAAACUGUGAAGCAGAUCCGCCAGAUCAAAGAGCAAGAGAAAGCAGCAGCUGCCAACAUAGAUGAAGUGCAGAAGUCAGAUGUGUCAUCCACGGGGCAGGGUGUCAUCGACAAGGAUGCACUGGGGCCCAUGAUGCUUGAGGCCCUUGAUGGGUUCUUCUUCGUUGUGAACCUGGAAGGCAAUGUGGUGUUCGUGUCAGAGAAUGUGACACAGUAUCUACGGUAUAACCAAGAAGAACUGAUGAACAAGAGUGUCUACAGCAUCCUGCAUGUCGGGGACCACACUGAAUUUGUCAAGAACCUGCUGCCAAAGUCCAUGGUGAAUGGAGGAUCUUGGUCUGGAGAACCUCCCAGGCGGAACAGCCAUACCUUCAACUGUCGGAUGCUGGUGAAGCCUUUGCCAGAUUCAGAAGAGGAAGGCCAUGAGAGCCAGGAAGCCCAUCAGAAAUACGAGGCGAUGCAGUGCUUCGCUGUGUCUCAGCCCAAGUCCAUCAAAGAGGAAGGCGAAGAUUUGCAGUCCUGCUUGAUUUGUGUGGCACGAAGAGUCCCCAUGAAGGAAAGACCAGCCCUUCCCUCAUCAGAAAGCUUUACCACCCGCCAGGACCUCCAAGGCAAGAUCACUUCACUGGACACUAGCACCAUGAGAGCCGCCAUGAAGCCGGGCUGGGAAGAUCUGGUGAGAAGAUGUAUUCAGAAGUUCCACACACAGCAUGAAGGGGAGUCUCUAUCAUAUGCCAAGAGGCAUCACCAUGAAGUUCUGAGACAAGGGUUGGCGUUCAGUCAGAUCUAUCGUUUUUCUUUGUCUGAUGGCACUCUCGUUGCUGCACAAACCAAGAGCAAACUCAUCCGUUCUCAGACUACUAAUGAGCCUCAGCUUGUAAUAUCUUUACACAUGCUUCACAGAGAGCAGAAUGUAUGUGUAAUGAAUCCGGAUCUGACUGGACAAGCGAUGGGGAAGCCAUUGAAUCCAAUUAGCUCUAGCAGCCCUGCCCAUCAGGCCCUGUGCAGUGGGAACCCAGGUCAGGACAUGACCCUCGGUAGCAAUAUAAAUUUUCCCAUGAAUGGCCCAAAGGAACAAAUGGGCAUGCCUAUGGGCAGGUUUGGUGGUUCUGGGGGCAUGAACCAUGUAUCAGGCAUGCAGUCAACCACUCCUCAGGGUAGUAACUAUGCACUCAAAAUGAACAGUCCCUCGCAAAGCAGCCCCGGCAUGAACCCGGGGCAAGCCAGCUCCGUGCUCUCCCCAAGGCAGCGCAUGAGCCCCGGCGUGGCUGGCAGUCCUCGCAUCCCACCCAGUCAGUUUUCCCCUGCAGGAAGCUUGCAUUCCCCUGUAGGAGUUUGCAGCAGCACAGGAAAUAGCCAUAGUUAUACCAACAGUUCCCUCAAUGCACUGCAAGCCCUCAGCGAGGGCCAUGGGGUCUCACUAGGGUCAUCGUUGGCUUCACCGGACCUAAAAAUGGGCAAUUUGCAAAACUCCCCAGUUAAUAUGAAUCCUCCCCCACUCAGCAAGAUGGGAAGCUUGGACUCCAAAGACUGUUUUGGACUUUAUGGGGAGCCCUCAGAAGGUACAACUGGACAAGCAGAGGCCAGCUGCCAUCCUGAAGAACAAAAGGGGCCCAAUGAUUCCAGCAUGCCCCAGGCGGCCAGCGGGGACAGGGCUGAGGGACACAGCCGGCUGCAUGACAGCAAAGGGCAGACCAAACUCCUGCAGCUGCUGACCACCAAGUCCGACCAGAUGGAACCUUCACCCUUGCCCAGCUCCUUGUCGGACACAAACAAGGACUCGACAGGGAGCUUGCCUGGGCCUGGGUCCACGCAUGGCACCUCGCUCAAGGAGAAGCAUAAGAUUUUGCACAGACUCUUACAGGACAGCAGUUCCCCUGUGGACUUGGCCAAGCUGACAGCAGAAGCCACAGGCAAAGAGCUGAGCCAGGAGUCCAGCAGCACAGCUCCUGGGUCGGAAGUGACUGUCAAACAGGAGCCAGCGAGCCCCAAGAAGAAAGAGAAUGCACUACUGCGCUAUUUGCUCGACAAAGAUGAUACUAAAGAUAUUGGUUUACCGGAAAUCACCCCCAAACUCGAGCGACUGGACAGUAAGACAGAUCCUGCCAGUAACACAAAGCUACUUGCUAUGAAAACUGUGAAGGAGGAGGUGAGCUUUGAGCCCAGUGACCAGCCUGGCAGUGAGCUGGACAACUUGGAAGAGAUUUUGGAUGAUUUGCAGAACAGUCAGUUACCACAGCUUUUCCCAGACACAAGGCCAGGAGCUCCUACUGGGUCAGUUGACAAGCAAGCCAUCAUCAAUGACCUCAUGCAACUCACAGCUGACAGCAGUCCCGUCCCACCUGCCGGAGCCCAGAAGGCAGCACUGCGCAUGUCACAGAGCAGAAUGAUUGGCAACAGCACUUCCCGGCCCAGCAUGCCUUCUGGGGAAUGGGCACCACAGAGUCCAGCUGUGAGAGUCACUUGUGCUGCUACCACUGGUGCCAUGAACCGGCCAGUCCAAGGAGGCAUGAUUCGGAACCCAACAGCCAGCAUCCCCAUGCGAGCCAACAGCCAGCCUGGCCAAAGACAGAUGCUUCAGUCUCAGGUCAUGAACAUAGGCCCUUCUGAGUUAGAGAUGAACAUGGGAGGACCUCAAUAUAACCAACAGCAGGCCCCUCCAAACCAAACUGCCCCGUGGCCUGAGAGCAUCCUGCCUAUAGACCAGGCAUCAUUUGCCAGCCAGAACAGGCAGCCCUUUGGCAGCUCCCCUGAUGACCUGCUGUGUCCACAUCCUGCCGCAGAGUCUCCAAGCGAUGAGGGCGCUCUUCUUGACCAGCUAUAUUUGGCCUUGCGGAACUUCGAUGGCCUUGAGGAGAUUGAUAGAGCUCUGGGGAUACCAGAACUGGUCAGCCAGAGCCAAGCUGUGGAUGCAGAGCAGUUCUCAAGCCAGGAGUCCAGCAUAAUGCUGGAGCAGAAGCCCCCCGUUUUCCCACAGCAGUACGCAUCUCAGGCACAAAUGGCCCAGGGUGGCUAUAAUCCCAUGCAAGAUCCAAACUUUCACACCAUGGGACAGCGGCCAAAUUACACCACACUCCGUAUGCAGCCACGGCCGGGCCUCAGGCCCACAGGCAUUGUGCAGAACCAGCCAAACCAACUGAGACUUCAGCUUCAGCACCGCCUCCAAGCACAGCAGAAUCGCCAGCCGCUCAUGAAUCAGAUCAGCAGUGUUUCCAAUGUGAACCUGACUCUGAGGCCUGGAGUACCCACUCAGGCUCCUAUUAAUGCACAGAUGCUGGCCCAGAGGCAGAGGGAAAUCCUGAACCAGCAUCUUCGGCAGAGACAGAUGCAUCAGCAACAGCAGGUGCAGCAGCGAACUUUGAUGAUGAGAGGACAAGGGUUGAAUAUGACCCCAAGCAUGGUGGCUCCCACUGGCCUACCAGCAGCCAUGAGCAAUCCCCGGAUCCCCCAGGCCAAUGCCCAGCAGUUCCCAUUUCCUCCGAACUACGGAAUAAGUCAGCAACCUGAUCCUGGCUUUACUGGGGCUACGACUCCCCAGAGUCCUCUAAUGUCUCCCCGGAUGGCACAUACCCAGAGUCCCAUGAUGCAGCAGUCUCAAGCCAACCCAGCCUACCAGCCCACCUCAGACAUGAAUGGAUGGGCACAGGGGAGCAUGGGCGGAAACAGCAUGUUCUCACAGCAGUCCCCACCACACUUUGGGCAACAAGCAAACACCAGCAUGUAUAGUAACAACAUGAACAUCAGUGUGUCGAUGGCAACCAACACGGGUGGCUUGAGCAGCAUGAACCAGAUGACAGGCCAGAUGAGCAUGACCUCAGUGACCUCCGUGCCUACGUCAGGACUGCCCUCCAUGGGUCCCGAGCAGGUCAAUGAUCCUGCUCUGAGGGGAGGCAACCUUUUCCCAAACCAACUGCCUGGAAUGGACAUGAUCAAGCAGGAGGGAGAUGCAUCUCGGAAAUACUGCUGACCCUGGAGAAGCUGUCUGCAUCUUUCUUCAACCCACUGGGCUUACAAACAUUUACCAGUCUGGAGAGCUGCGUCUCUUUGUGUUGCCACCUGACAUGCCGCCAGUUCUCCUAGGACAUAGCAGCAGACAGUUGGGCCCUGGGCCCGCAGCAUAGAGCGUGCUGGCUUGGCUGCCACCGGAAGAGUUGCCCCUCCCGACAGCCUGCAGCUCGCCUCCAGACCAACCGCAGUCUAUUCACUGCAUUCACCGUAGUGCAACUUAGAUCUCCUGCAAAGUAACUGUCCCCAGGCCGACUUCAUCCCCAUUCAGAUUGAAUGUAUUUAAAUGUGUGUGUUUGAGGAGAGCCAUGCUCUUGGCCUGUUCCUGCUCGGCUCCAGACACUGGUUUCUUGCUUUGUUUUCUGUGGCUAUUCUGUGUAAAAGAUUAGAAUCUUAACUAGAGGAAAAAAAGGAAUUUUUAACACAGUACAACCCAAGGUAUUCUAAGCUUAAAGCCUGCAUUUGACUGGGAUGGAGACAGGGCAGAUACUGUGGACAGCGCUGUGUGUGCUGACACACCUAGUCAGCGACAAGUAACCGAGGCAGAGUUCUGUCUCCAGGAAGGAGUGUCCCAUCAAUGAACAGAUGGAAGGCUCUUGAGAGAGGCUGUUAGCAUUAACAAGUAUCUGUUCCCACUUUUCUCUGUUAAAACCAAAUGAGUUUCUCCUAAAUCAUGGAUCAAAAAGAAAUACUUGUUUCUAAAUUGUUUUUAGAUCAGAUAGUUUGAUUGGCAUCUCUUCCCUUCCUCUCCCCGCCUUCUCUCAUCCUCCCUCUUUCAUUCCUUUAAAGUAAAAACAUCAACAACAGCAUACACCAUAGAGACCAGGGAAGCCCUUGGGAUCUCUCAGUGUUGUGCCAGCUACUUACAGCAGCUUCCCAGUGACCAUGCGUUUCCUAUCAGAGAGGAACAAAGUCAGGCUGUGACAUCUGCUUAGGUAGCCUGGGCUGCCCCAUCAGCUCAGGCCUCCAACAUGAGAGACCUUACUAAUGAAAUCAACAGCAGACGUCACGACAGAUCUGACCUCUGCCAUGUGGGGUUGUUUUUUAUUUUUGGUUUUUAGCAGUGCUGACGAAGCCGAAGUUUUGUAAGGUACAUAAAGAUCCAAUUUAUAUGUAAACAAGCAAUAAUUUAAGUUCUGAACUUAAGUGUUUUAACUGUAUAAUUUUGUGAGGUAUACAUAUUGUGGGAUUGACUCAAAAAAUGAGGUACUUCAGUAUUAAAUUAGAUAUCUUCAUAGCAAUGUCUCCUAAAGGUGUUUUGUAACGGCUGCCAAUGCCUUGGUUAGAGCUGACUUGUAGACGUAAGACCUUUUGUUUUCUAACCCUUGAGACUCUCCUCAUGAAUUCUGUAUCUAAUCUAUAUGAUAUGCAGCCGCUGUCAGAACCAAGUCUUGAUUUUAUAUGUUUAUAUUCUUUCUUAAUAAACCUUAGAAAGACAACAUUACUAAGCAGCCCACUUUGAUGGUUGUUUUCUUGCCCACUGUUGGGGAUAACCUCUAUUAACUGGUGUCAGUUUCAGACAGUUGCAGUACCCAGAACUGAGACCUUUUCAAUUCUCCCCAACCUUGAUACACACACUUUCUUACCUAAAUUUCAGAAUGAUGUCUUUUUGAUGUCUAAAAACAAAGCAUUUUAUAAUAUCUCAUUAUCCAAGCUUUCUAGGAACCGAGAAGUUUUUCCUUGAAGUUUGUUUGUUUAUUCCUGGCAGGGUUAAAAACAUAUGAACUACCCUAUUUAUAUUUAUGUCUCCCUAUAUAUCUACAGAUUGUAGAAAUAUAGAAAGAGAUGUGACCCAAAGACAAAUGGUCAGUCAUCUGAAAGUGUUGCUGCAUGCUAAGGAACUCUGGAAAUUUGUAUUUCCAUACCUUUUUCCACUUAGAGAAGAAUCUCAGUGAGGGAGGUAGCCCAGGAACAGCGCUUCCCCAUUGGCCACCAGUUCCUGUGUCUGCUCGAGACUCCACCAAACCAUUGGCUUGCACAUCUGUCCUGCAAAGGGAGCAGAUAGAGCCCAGAACUCCAGGCCCCACCCCAGGAGUGAGGCUCAGGUGCACUACUGAGCGCGACCUGUUCUCAGAUAAGUCAGAAAUGUGAGGUAGGUAAAAAUAACUUCACACAGCACAGCACAGCACAAGAGAAAAUGGAAUUUAAAGCAUAUUUGUUUUGUAUUAAAUCCCAUCUCACUGUAACAUCAAGCCACAAUAUCUUACCUUUCAGCCUUCAUCCAAUCUACCACUGCUUUCUAAUGUUGACCCGGCAGUUAGCGUAGCCCAUGGUCAUGGCAAAUCCUCUCACAGGUCAGAGCAGCGAUGAACUGUGUGCCAUCUCAUCAGGAGGAUCGCAUCAGCAAAGGCAUCCUGAUCAUGUUCUCAGAGCCAGUGCCAGCCCAGCCUCCCCUGCCAUCAGUAUUGCUCACGCUCUGCACAACACAUUUGUACUUGGUUUUGUCUGACAGAACAUAGAAUCAGUGUUCUCUUAGAUGACUCAAUGUGAAAAGCGUAAUGUGAAAAGUACACACCUGAUCGUGGUUGUAAAAUCCAUGUAAGUGUUCAUGCAACAUGGUGAGUUUUAAAAGUAAAGUGUGCUGUGAUACUACAACCAAUUGACUCAAAGAUUAAAGCACUUGCGCGCACACACACACACACACACACAACGUGUAUCUCUUAUGACCUGUAAUGAUUGAAAGCAAUGGUUUUUUUGCAGUUUAAGAUGCAAAUUUUAAUCUGUGUUUAAAAACGGAGUUCAUAUGGGUGUGACACGUGAACUGGGAGGCACAGAUCCACUUGCAGAACCCAAAGAUACACAAUCAAUUUUGAAAUGCAACUUAAGCCAUUAAUUGUUGGUGUGAAUUUAAAAUUUUCUAGUUGUUUAUAUGGUAGUAUGCUGCCGAAGAGCAAAGCAUUCUCUGCACAAAAGAAAACACUGUAGUGGCUUCGAUUUUAAUUAGAACUUUCUCCCUGGUGUUUCUUUAUAGACUAAAACAAAAUCUUUUAAGUUUCUUACUACAGGUAAAAGCUAUGUGCAAGAACCUCAAAAUGCUAAAACCUAGCAUAAUGCCUUAGAUCUGUUUUUAAGUCUUGUAUAUUCCUACAUAGCUGUCCAAUGUAUUAUAUUUGUAUAGUGAAUUGUGUAAAAUUUUUGAAUAAGUACGUCAUCGCUUACCCGUAUGUUACUGAACAGUGAUGACAACCCGUUUCUUCAAACAUUUAACUGUCUUCUCUUUUUCCUUUGUCAUUUGUGGGUUUUAUUUGUACAGUUCCUCAUGAAGUUGCAUUUGAGAUAUGUGUAUAUGAAAAGAUUAUACAAGGGUAAAAUUAAGCAAUAUAUUAACUAUGGUUCUUCAGGAGAAAGCUUACAGUGUUUCAGGUUGUGAUUUAUUUUCAAAACAGAGUUGACUCUGAACAUCACCUUGUUCAUCUGCAUUGAUGUUUGUAUUUCUAGUGUGAGCAGUUUAUGCAAAGGUAGAUAUAUACAGAGAAAUUUUAAAUACAUUUAUGCAAGUUCCUAUUGCUUUGCUGAUGCUCUUUGCUUAUUUGAUGUUAAAUAAUGCUAUUGUAAAUAAAGAAUCUGUUGUUACUGC